AUGGCCACAAUAACAGGAACCAAACGAGCGACCAUGAGAAUGUCAGCUCAUCAUCAUCAUCGUCAGAAGGAUACCAUGAUCAGUGGCACAGCUGCCGAACGAUUGCGGUUUGCCGAACACGCAUUGCUCAAGAAACAUGGAGUCCAGGGCAUCACCACGGAACUCAUUGUGUCAUUGCGCGAGAAUCAUCCGGAUCUGGCAGGGAUUUCAUGGGCUCGCGUCUUGCGCGUCGAGUUGUCAUCGCCACACAACAAACAGUCUAGUAGUAGUAGUAUUCCACUCGUGAUGAUUCAUGGAGGAGGAGGAACUCCCGGGGAUUGGAUAUCGCUCGUGCCACAUGUCAUCCAGCCAGGUCGUACCAUGUAUCUGGUGGAACGCCCGGGCAAUGGGUUGUCGGAUCCAUUGGAUUAUUCCACGGUGGAUUUGGCUCGAUUCUCCAGUGCAUUCGUUUCGGAAGUUCUGAAUGCCUUGCAACUGGACAAGGUCCAUCUGGUCGGAAACUCCAUGGGUGGAGCCACUGUUGUUUGGUAUGCUUUGAAUCAACUGGAACAACAGCAAGAACAACAACAACAAGAACCACAAGAAUCGGAACAACAACCACAACAACAAGAACAUCAACAAUCCAUUGCCAGCAUUAGUUUGGUCGGUGUUCCUGCUGGCUUUCAAGGAAUGAACGUACCUUGGAUGGCGGGAUGCAUCCAACCAUGGAUGGGAGUGCUGGCGUCCUUCUUUCCGGCAUGGCUUCCCUUUGUUCCGCUGUUGAUUCUAUGCUUUGGUUUGCACGUCCCCCUCUCUGGAAUCUCCAUGGUCUAUCUAGUCUACGUCUGGAAGGCCCACUCGAUUCGUCACAACACCAUCUCCUUCUUUUCCGUCAUGCGACAACUCUAUGAUUGUGCACACGACUUGGACAGCGAAAAGGGCUGGAAGCUACAAGACUUGGUCCGGCUCAGUCAUCAUGUCCACGGCAAUCUGUGCGUGGUGACGGGAACGGCGGAUCCCUUUAUCACUCCAGCGCAACAAGCCGAAAUCACAAACUACAUUGGUCCCGAAAAGCACAUUUCCAAUCUUGCGACCGGUCAUGUUCCUUGGCUCGUGGAUCCCACGGGCUAUGCCCAAACUUUGGAGAAGUUCUGGGCACAAGCAGAAGGUCGCGACUAA